GGUUUCAAGCUCGCCAUGUUGCAACGAAAUUACGAGAUGUCGCCCUCGCCAGCGAGCACUUCCCCCACAAAUGCCAACAGCUUCAACUCCACCACCACGAAUAACACCACCAAUGAGUGUCCCCCUGUGGGGGUCCAGGCACCAGCCCAAGUCACGGACUUUAGCAUCAGUCGGAUAUUGGGGAAAGAGGAGCGGAAAUCCCCGACAGAUGCCACAACCAACAUUCUCGAUCUCUCCAAAAGUGCAACUUGCCCACCACAAGCAUCAGCCCAAGUUCCGCCAACGAUUGCAGCAUCUCCGUAUAUGGGUUACUCCAUGCUCCCGCCUGAUCUGGUGGCCAUGGCGAAUGCCACCAAAUUCUAUGCCCAGUUCUUUCCACAUAUGCUGCCCGCCUAUGCCGCUGCAGCGGCUGCUGCCGGCCUCAGCACUCCACCUACGUCACCCUACCAGCAACAACAGCAGCAGCAUCUACAGAAGCGCUACUUUGCACCCUAUGUGAUCAAUGGUCAGGCUUCACCGCAGCCGCAGCCGCAGCCGCAGCUGAACCCUAAUCUAAUCCGUCCAAAAGCCACAGCAUGCACGCGGACGGACUGCUUGGAAUGCCUGACCUACUACCAAAAGCUUCAGGAUGGCUACAAACACACGCCCCUGGCAUCACCAGCUGCCUCCUCCUUUAGUUCGAGUUCGAGUAGCUCCGCCGUUCGGCUCCCUGUGAGGAAUCUGAGCAACACCAGCAGCACCAACAUCUCGCUGACCACCGUCACCAAUUUCAGUAUGAACAUGGCACAAGCGGCCUCCGGACUGAUGCCAAAGAUGGAUGCCGUCGGCAUGGGAGGCAACAUCAGUUCCAGACGCCACAGCUCCAUCAAUCCCAUUAACCCGUACAAUCCCACUGCCGCCGAGGAGAUCAGUUAUAAGUGCAGGAUAUGCGAGAAGGUCUUUGGAUGCUCCGAGACUUUACAGGCGCACGAGAAGACGCACAAAUCGCCACGUUACGAGUGCUCGGACUGCGGCAAGGGCUUCUCCCAGCUGCGCAACUACAAGUACCAUCUGUCCGUGCAUCGCGGGACCAAGGAGUUUGCCGCCGAGUGCCCCGAAUGCGGCAAGACCUUCAACGACAAGGGCUACCUCAGCAGCCACAUGAAGAUCCAUCGGAAUCGCAAGGAGUACGAGUGCCCCUACUGCCCCAAGUCGUUCAACCAGCGUGUCGCCUUCAAUAUGCAUGUGCGCAUCCACACGGGCGUCAAGCCGCACAAGUGUGCCGAAUGCGGCAAACGUUUCUCUCGCAAGAUGCUCCUCAAGCAGCACAUGCGCACCCACAGCGGCGAGAAGCCGUACCAGUGCUCUGUGUGCGGCAAGUCCUUUGCCGAUCGCAGCAACAUGACGCUGCACCAUCGCCUGCACUCCGGCAUCAAGCCAUUCAGCUGUCCCCUCUGCCCCAAAGCCUUUACGAAGAAACACCACCUGAAGACUCAUCUUAACUACCACACGGGCUGCAAGCCCUACGUCUGCCCGCAUCCGAACUGUAACCAGGCCUUUACCCAGUCCAGCAACAUGCGCACCCAUGCCAAGAAGUGUCAAUACCGACCAUUGGACUCUACUGCCCCCCCGUCCUUUACAAGACCCGUAAAGAAGCUGCCACUGGGGGGGCAGAUGCAGCUGCAGGUACCCACCAGCCUGGCACUGGCCAUGGCGGCAGCUCCAACGUUUGCCAUGCCACCACCACCGCCGCCAGACCACGAGAAGCUCUCGCAGCGGGAGAAACUGAUCCGCGACAUCGAACAGAGGCGAUUGGAGUGCCUCGUCUGUGUGGAGACUAUCAAGGCGCACCAUUCGACGUGGUCCUGCCAGAACUGCUACCACGUGAUCCAUCUCAAGUGCACCAUCACCUGGGCGAGUAGCUCCAAGUCGGAUGUAGGCUGGCGCUGUCCGGCAUGCCAGAAUGUGCUGCAAGAUUUGCCCCGGGAGUAUCUGUGCUUUUGCGGCAAGCUCAAGAAUCCGACAGUGUCCCGCAACGAGCUGGCCCACAGCUGCGGAGAGGUCUGCUGCCGUGUCGAGGGAUGUAGCCAUGCGUGCACACUGCUGUGCCAUCCCGGACCCUGUCCGCCGUGCCAGGCGAAUGUCGUGAGGAGCUGCGGCUGCGGCAGAAGCUCCCAGACGAUGCAGUGCGCCAUGAAGGAGGAGCUCAAGUGCGGGGAGAUCUGCGACAAGAUAUUAAACUGCGGCGAGCAUCAUUGCAAGGAGGAGUGCCACUCGGGAAAGUGUGCCGCCUGCCCGGAGCAAGUGGAGCAGCACUGCCACUGCGGCAAGCAGGAUCGUCAGGUUCAGUGCACGCGCGAGAGCCUAGACAAGCGCCACUACUCGUGCAAGGAGAGCUGCGGCCAGCCGCUGCCUUGUGGCAAUCACAAGUGCAAGGAUUCCUGUCACGCCGGAAACUGCAGAACCUGCAAACUGAGUCCCGAGCAGAUAACUAGCUGUCCGUGCGGCAAGAUGCCUGUGCCGGCAGCCCAGCGCUCGAGCUGCAUGGAUGCUAUACCAACGUGUGAGGGUAUCUGCUCGCGGACGCUGCGCUGCGGCAAGCCAGCACAUCCGCAUCAGUGUGGCAGCAAAUGCCACCUGGGGCAGUGUCCUCCGUGUCCCAAGCAGACGGCUGUAAAGUGCCGAUGCGGCCACAUGGACCAGAUGAUCAAGUGCCGCCAGCUGUCCAGCCGAGCCGACGACGCGCGCUGCAAGAAGCGCUGCAUCAAGAAGCGGAGCUGUGGCAAGCACAAGUGCAAUGCCGAGUGCUGCAUCGACAUUGAUCACGCCUGUCCGCUGCCGUGCAACCGCACGUUGAGCUGUGGCAAACACAAGUGUGACCAGCCCUGUCAUCGCGGCAAUUGUCCGCCUUGCUACCGUAGCAGCUUCGAGGAGCUCUACUGCGAGUGCGGAGCCGAGGUUAUCUAUCCGCCAGUGCCGUGUGGUACCAAGAAACCGCUUUGCAAGCGUCCGUGCUCGCGCCAGCAUCCAUGCGACCAUACACCGCAGCACAAUUGCCAUUCGGCGGCCACCUGCCCGCCCUGUAUGAUGUUUACCACAAAGUGGUGCCACGGAAACCACGAGCAACGCAAAACCAUUCCCUGCUCCCAGGAGAGCUUCAGCUGCGGGCUGUCCUGCGGCAAGGCGCUACCCUGUGGCCGUCACAAGUGCAUCAAACCCUGCCACGAGGGCCCCUGUCAAUCAUCUCCAAGCGAGAUUUGCCGCCAGAGCUGCACCAAGCCGCGCACGCUCUGCGGCCACAAGUGUGCGUUUGCCUGCCACGAAGGCGCCUGCCCGGAGACACCAUGCAAGGAGCUGGUGGAGGUGCAGUGCGAGUGCGGCAACCGGAAGCUGAGUCGCAGCUGCCAGGAACUGGCUCGCGAGCACAGCCGCAUUGCCACCGCCCAACUGGCCUCCUCUAUGGCCGAGAUGUCCCGCGGCAACUACAUGGAACUCAGCGAGAUACUGGCACCGGCUAAAGUCAACAAGUCGAACAGAACUCUGGACUGCAACGAAGAGUGUCGUGUGUUGGAGCGGAAUCGCCGUUUGGCGCAGGCACUGCAGUCGCGCAAUCCGGAUACGCAGCAGAAAUCUCUGACCAAGUACUCGGAGUUCUUGCGGGGAUUUUCCAAGCGAAAUCAGGCACUGACCAAGAGCGUGUACGAGACGUUGACAGAUCUGGUGAAGCUGGCCAAGGAGAGCAAGCAGCGGUCGCGCAGUCACUCCUUUCCAACGAUGAACAGGGAGAAGAGGCAGAUGGUGCACGAGCUGUGCGAGAUAUUCGGCAUUGAGUCGGUGUCGUAUGACAAGGAACCCAAUCGGAAUGUGGUGGCCACGGCACACAAGGAUAGGUGCUGGCUGCCUGCCACAAGCAUUAUGGAGGUGUUGGCCCGUGAGUCCGGACAACGACGCGUUCCAGUGCCCAGCAAUAAUGCUUGGGGUCUGAAAAAGUAGCUCUGAAUCUGAAUCAGGAAUAAGUAGUUUGUGCACAUUACACAUUACAUUAAACGUUGGCGCUGGAUAUUACAAGUUAUACAAUUGGAAUGAAAGUUAUAGCAUGGAGGAGGCCGAAGGAUACAGGAAGCGCUACGAAGACAAUACACAAAGCGAUUCGCAGGAGAAUAUCCUUUUUGCAUUCAUUUUUUUGUAUAAUGUAAAUAGUUAGAGAAACUGUAGAGAAGCGCACCCGUCUGUCUGUUGCAACACUGAAUGGAUAUGGGGAUCUAUCUGAAAACGACGAUGGAUUGAAGAGUUGAAAAUGCUGUUAAUACAAUCUGUUGUACGAUGAAUUUAAUUGAAAA